GCUGGAGUAAAGUUAUGUGUGAAUUUAACUUCAAUUCAACUCUUCCGUGUAUGCGGAGAAGUCUACGCCGCAACAUGUGAAUGCUUCCUUCGUCACAAUCACAACUCGGGGUCCACCGUGGCAGAUCCCAUCAGUUUUCAUCUGACUGAAAAUUCAGGAAAAGUUGAACUCAGUUUGGUUUGUUCUUCAGAGACUCACACUUCAUCUAUCCUUAUUGAAGUACCCUCACCUAUUCUGAGGGAACUACACAGCAGAUGCCAUGGCUUUACUAAAUAAUCUCAAGCUGGCCCUCCAUAAUUGGAAUUCAGCACGGCUUUUGCUGCCUCAUUCACUGCGGUUGCCCUGCUCAUCUGCUCGGCAAUCUUCUCAUUGCGCAGCUGGGGAUGCAAUUCAAGCAGCUCUUGAUGAGGGUGGUGACGUGCACGGCUUCCGUGUGCUCGAGGUGCGGGAGAUAGAUGAGCUGCAACUCACAGCAGUACGCCUACAGCACAUAAACACUGAAGCUGAUUACCUGCACAUUGUUAAAGAUGAUCCCAACAAUGCCUUCUGCAUUGGCUUCCGCACCACACCUCUGGACUCAACCGGCGUGCCGCACAUUCUUGAGCACACUGUGCUAUGUGGCAGUCACAAAUAUCCUGUCCGCGAUCCUUUCUUCAAGAUGCUUAAUCGAUCUCUCUCAACCUUCAUGAACGCCAUGACGGGCAGCGAUAACACCAUAUACCCUUUUUCCACGCAAAACCCUACUGAUUUCAAGAAUCUUUUGUCAGUCUACUUAGAUGCAGUAUUUAAACCGAAUUUAACCGAGUUAGACUUUAGUCAGGAAGGAUGGAGGUUAGAACACGCUGACCCUAAAGACCGAAAUUCUCCUAUUGAAUUUAAAGGUGUUGUUUUUAAUGAAAUGAAAGGUGUGUUUGCCGACUCGCAAAAUAUUUUUAUGCAGAAACUUCAGAAUGGUCUCCUCCCUUCUCACACAUACGGCGUAGUUUCUGGGGGAUAUCCGCUUGACAUCCCCAACCUCUCCUGGGGUCAACUCAAGGAAUUUCACAAAUACCACUAUCAUCCAAGUAAUUGUCGUAUUUUCACCUAUGGAGACAUGGAUCUCGAGGAUCAUCUGGCCUUCAUCAAUGAGAACUACUUGAAGCAUUUUUCUAAAAUUGAACUUAAUACAGAGGUACCCGAUGAACCGCGUUGGUCUAAACCUUGUACUGAUCACAUUCAUUGCGGCAUAGAUUCCCUUGCACCGCCCGACGCACAGAACAGCGUUGCCAUUUCAUAUCGUCUUGCAGAUAUAACUAACAUUUCCGAAUGUUUCACGAUGAGUCUUCUAAGCGAGCUUCUUGUUGGCGGCCCCAAUGCUCCUUUCUACAAGUCUCUGCUGGAGCCGCUAUAUGGUACUGGCUUCUCCCCCGCCACAGGCUACUGCGGCCACACGCGCAACACAACCUUCACCAUUGGGCUCCAGGGCGUCAAGAAUGGCAACACGGAGACCGUUCUCACGCAAAUAGAGAACACAUUUGAGCGCGUAAAGAAAGAAGGCUUUCCUCAAGAGAGAAUAGACGCUAUCUUGCAUGGUAUUGAGCUAUCGCUGAAACAUCAAACCCCGGGCUUUGGUGUGGGCUUAGCUAUGAACCUCGCUCCUUUUUGGAACCAAGAUGGAAACCCUAUCCAAUCUUUAGCUAUUAAUGAAUGUAUUGAUAACUUCAAAAAAUCUAUGGUGGAUAAUCCAACAUUUUUACAAGAUAAAAUCAACGAAUACUUUGUCAAGAAUAAGCAUAAGUACACUCUCAGCAUGUCUCCGGAUGCUUCUUUCGAAAAAACGUUAAAGGAAAAGGAAGCUGCAUUGUUGCAGUCUCGCAUCGAGAAUCUAAGCGAGGAAGAUAAGCAGAGAAUUUACGCAUUAGGAAUUGAGCUUUCAAACAAACAGGAAGCAGUCGAAGACUUGAGUUGUCUACCUUCUCUACAUCCACGGGACAUCAGCAGAAGUGUUGAUCGCACCACCCUGUCACAUGUACGUCUUUCAGAUGGUGUGCCAGUGCAAGCGUCCCCACAGUCCACCAACGGAGUUACUUACUUCCACGCAGUGAUGGACACGCACAGCGUGGCUCCUGACCUGUUACCGUACAUCCCACUACUCUGUGCCGUACUUACGAAAAUGGGUGCCGCUGAUCUUGAUUUUAGAGCAUUUGAUCAGAAAGUUGAGCUCUACACUGGAGGCUUAUCCGCCAGUCCUCAUUUGCAGCAGCACAUCGAUAAUUACUCUCUGGAGAAAGGCGUAGUCAUCUCUUCGUAUUGUCUUCAAAAGAACUUGCAUCACAUGCUUAAAUUGUGGGAAAAUGUUCUCACUGAAAUCAGAAUGACUGACAUGUCACGAUUUUCUACCCUAGUCAAAAUGAUAGCGACUGAAAAAUCAAAUAGUGUCAUUCAAGGUGGUCACCAUUACGCAAUGCAGGCAGCCAGCGCUACCGUGAGCCCUUACGGCGCCGCCCGAGAAGAGUGGUCUGGUCUCUCAUACGUGGACCGACUCAAACGGAUCUCAGAGUCGGAUGACCUCAAGCCUGUACUUAUCAAGCUCUCUCAGCUUGCAUUUGUGCUCCUGGGAAAAAAGUAUAUGCGUGUUGCUGUAAAUGCUUCUCCGGAAGAUAUGGACUCAACUCUGAAAGAAUUAGAGCUAUUUUUGGACAACAUCGGGGGAACGCCUAAGCCAUAUGAGACUCAUCCGGCAAUCGAUGCGUCUGCCUUCACACCUUUCACCCAACGGACACAUCACGUCUUUCCUUUCCCCGUCAACUACACAUCGCGAGCGUUCACUGGUGUACCUUAUCGUCAUCCUGACGCUGGCCCCUUGCGUGUUCUAGGACGCCUCAUGUUCCCUUUCUUGCACCGUGAAAUUAGAGAGAAAGGAGGAGCCUACGGUGGAGGAGCAGAUGUUUCCCCAGGUGGCCCAGUCACUUUCUACAGCUACAGAGACCCCAACUCUGUCCAGACUUUUGAAGCCUUCAGUCGAGCGCUCGAGUGGGUGCUCAAAGGAGACUUCAAUGAGCGCGAUCUGAAUGAGGCUAAACUAGGAGUGUUUCAGAGCAUCGAUGCGCCUGUAGGUCCCGGCUCUAGAGGCCUCCGUCAGUUCCUGUCACACAUCUCCGAUGACGUGUUCAUGCAGCACCGAGAGAGCGUGUUGGACACUGACGCCCAAGACAUCGUACGUGCCGCUAGACUGCAUCUGCUCGAACCUCUUAUUGAAGGCUCGUGCCUCAUCGGUCCGGCAAACUCUACGCUUGAACAAGAUCCUUUCUGGUCCACGGUGCAACAUUAGUUGUUUAUGCCUCAUGUUUAGUUGGGAUAGCAUAAGUGAAAGGCGAUGCUUGCUAGGCCUCAAUUUUCCAUUAUUUUUAUUAAACUAGGUUCAUUUAUUGAGCUUUAAUUACUUAAUCAAUCCCUAUGGAGAUGCUCCGUAUGGCACUGCCUACCUCAAGUAUUUAUGAAUUUCGUUGAAAAAUCUCAAGACAUCCCAAGAUUCAAACAAAACAUUGAGGCUACGUGUUUUACGCUCCUUGCAGUGUUAGCUUUUUGUUGGUUUUUGUUGAUUAGCAGCUUGUGAUUAUAUUCAAUCCUAUUUCUGGUUCUUAAUUUUAAUAAAGUAUAUUCAGUUUA